GUGAACACCACUGCAAGACCCUCAGAUUUCCUGUUUUUAAAAUAUUUAAGUCAUUUUAAUUCAUUAGAAUUACUGGUGGUUCAAAUGUGCUUUAAGGGAGCUGUAAAAUUUUAAGCGGAUACAGAUUGAAGAAGAGAUUCUCACAGAAUUGGAACAUUUCCUUGUGAGAUGAGAUCUAUAGUGUCUACUUUGUUUGUCUUGGGCCUGCUGUGGGACAGUGUGAGAGCCGAACACAGCAUCAGCAGCCUACAAGCAGCAGCAGUUGCAUGGGAGGGGGAGCUGCCAUGCAGAAAGUGGGACUGUGAAUGUGCUUUCAGUCGCUUGCGGGGCUGCUGCUGUGGAGCCAUGGAGCUCUUUGAAGUGGAGGAUGAAAUCUUUAUGAGAAUGAUGGACCUGUCGAAGAGAUUGUUCCAACUGGGUGAAAGCAUCCUUGAAGUCAUAGGAGGAAUACGGAUUGCAUUCACAGCUUCUUUGAGCCACAAAACAAACUGCUUUGGACCUUUCACCAGGAGCAGGCCUAUUCCUUAUGAUGUUGUCACCCUCAACCAUGGAAGUGGAUAUAACCCUGCAUUAGGUAUAUUCACAGCACCUCGUUCUGGACUCUACUCCUUCUCCUUCUCGGUGUACUCCAAGGUGGGUGUGGCAGGUGAGAGGAUGUACUACAAGGUACGACUCAUGAGAGAUGGGGAAGCGAUGGCCUCAACUUGGGAGGACAACAGGGAGGAUUCAGAGGACAGCGGCUCUCAGUCAGUGCUUCUGUCACUGCAGCAAGGAGGCCAGGUGUAUGUAGAGCUGCUCAACGGCAGGCAGCUAUGUGGGAAUGCUGAGGGCCUGAACAGCUUCUCUGGCUCCUUAAUUUAUCCAACUCUGCCCUAAUAAUGCUUUAUUUCUGUGUGGCUUCAAUGUGUCUGCCUGAUUCAAAGCUUUCAUGGGUUUACUCUUUUGUUUGAAAUUUAUUUUUUUUUUUUUGAAGUUGCCAUAGGAAAAUAAAAGGCAUGCAUGCAGGAUGUUAAUGUCUGAUAUGUAACUGUGUGACCUGUUAUAAGGGCAUUAAAAAAUAAAUCAAAAAGAAUAAAUGAAAUAAUAAAUAAAAAUAAAAUACAGUUCUGAAAUUGUAUAUGUCUGUUAUG